AAUAACAACAUUUUAAGAUGUUUUUAGGAAAACAUUUAACCAGAGUCAAAGGCCUAAAAGCUGCCUUUGAAUGGAGGUUUAUCAUCUGAAUUCAGGCUGAAUUAAUUGAAUUAUUUUAUUAUAUAGAUUUAACUUCUAAUUUUAAGAUAACCGCACUGGUUGCCCCCUAGUGGUUGAGUGUGAUUUCUUAGGUAUCACGAAUUCGGCGUGUGUUCACACAGGUCACUUGUUUCAGUUCAACAAACUCUCAGAAAGUUGAUUGAUUAUGGUGGUUAGAAUAAACAUAUAUUUAUACAACAACCUGAGCUGAACCUCAGUCGUCUUUGGAACGGAGACAAUUUUAUGUAGUGUUGCCCAGCUUUAAGCCUCACUCCUAGCGUUGCCUGUAAAAACAUUUUUGUAAAUCCAUGGAUGACAUGAUAUCAUUACAGUGUCAAGAUAUGUUGAUUUUGUCCAUUUUGUUUUUUCUUUUUUUUUUGGUCAUGUGUGGAGUUGCACUCACUGAUUGGUUGAUUUGAGUCGGCUUGUUAAUGUUAGAGUUUUUAUGUGAGGGUUUCCUGGCUGAAGAUUGCCGAAGACUUUCGUUUUUCAGUUAUUGAAUGCUACAAAUUCUGAUUGGGCCGAGGCCGAUAACUUCAGUGACACCUCAGGAGAGCAUAAGUUCCACGAUCACAGUGUGUGUGUGGUCUGUAACCUCACCUCCAGAAUCACAUCGCUGUCUCCAUGGUAACAGAGCCUCUACAGUGACACAGUCCUACACAGUGUUUUAGUGAUAGUGUCUGUGUGUGUGUGUGUGUGUGUGUUUCCUAAUCUCCUGAUCCAAAUGAAUAACUUCAUUAUGAAGCACUGGUUGAACUGCAGACGAUCAGAAGAGUCGUCGUUAGAUUAGAUCAGAUGUCAAAGGUUUAUGAUAAAAGUUCUGGUUUGGCUGUACAAGCAAAUGAAAGUCCGUUCAUUUGUUUGUGUGUGUGAUGUAGACAGAGAGAGAGAGCGAGAGAGAGAGGGAGACAGAGAGAGGUCGAUGUGUUUGAAGGUGUGUGUUUUAAUGACUUCAGUUUAUGACUUUCUUUAUCUAGCAGGGUUCAUCAGGGGAAGUAGCCAAGCAACACACACACAUAUACAGUACAUACACGGUGUGUGUGUGUGUGUGUGUGUGUGAGAGAGAGAGAGAGAGCAUAAAAGAUUAUUAACAGCAGCUGAGAACAGGUAAUCCCUGGUAAUCCUGCAAUAUGAGACGGAUAAUAAAGAGGAUCAGCAUUUAUUAACUCACAGAAAAACACAGAGGUAAGUCUGUCUCCUCUCAUCUACAUACACAACACAAAAUAAUCAUCUAUAGUCGUCUGUUAUUAUUUCAAAUCCUGUUGAAUUAAAUAAUCACUAAUAAUAGAGACACUGCUGAAAGUGCGUGUGUGUGUGUGUGUUUAUUUGUGUUCUCACUCCAGCCGCUCUGAAACCACAAAUGUUCUGACACUUCAACUUCCUGCUAAGGCUGCUGUUGCCUGGGAAACUGUUGGUGUUCCCUCUCACCACAGGAGUGUUUGUCAGGUAUAACCUGGGGGCAGCAGUUGCAGUGGAGCUGCAGGAGAACAUGUGUGUGGCAGAGCUGAAGGAGUUGAUAGCGAGGCAGCAUGGUGUUUCACCAGAGGUCCUGCGAAUUCUUUUUGCUGGGAGGGAGCUGAGGUCGGAGGUCACACUGCAGGGCUGUGACCUCCCCGACCAAAGCACCGUCCACGUUGUCCUCCCUCAUUCAGACUCCUCCAGGUCCCGCAUCUCUUCUCAGCAGCUUCCACUGGAAGAGCCGAAAAGUCUGACCAGACUGGACCUCAGCUCUUCUCGCCUUCCUCCCACGAGAGAGGAGGGGGAAACGAGGGAGGAAGGAAGAGAAGAAAGUACAGAGGAGACGGACACUGGUGUUCCAAAAGGUGUUUGUCGCUGCAAUACUUUUUUUGUGUACUGUAAAAGUUGCAAAUCAGUGGAACCAGGAAAACUGAGAGUUCGCUGCAAGAGUUGUAAAGAGACGACCAUCACACUGAGUAGAGGUCCAUCUUGUUGGGAUGACAUCCUCCUCCCAGGGCAGAUCAGUGGUGUUUGUCAGUCAGAUUUCUGUUCCGGCAGUGAAGCAGAGUUCUUUAUGAAGUGUGCCUCUCAUCCAACCAUAGAUGACGACCUGUCUGUGGCCCUGGACCUCAUCAUGACCAACACCAGGGAUGUGCCCUGCAUCGCCUGCACUGACAUCAUGGAAGUGGUCCUGGUGUUCCAGUGUUCAGAGCGUCAUGUAAUCUGUCUCGACUGUUUCCGUCGUUACUGUGAGACUCGUCUGAACGAGCGCAGCUUUAUUCAAGAUGCAGCUGUUGGCUACUCUCUGCCCUGUGCAGCUGGCUGCGCUGACUCUCUAAUUAAAGAACUUCAUCACUUCAGAGUACUGGGUGUUAACCAGUAUGAGCGUUACCUGCAAUAUGGAGCUGAAGAAUGCCUGCUGUCCAUUGGAGGACUCAUGUGUCCAUCUCCAGGCUGUGGGGCGGGGCUUGUCCCCGCUGAUGGCAGCAGGAGAGUGGAGUGUGACAGGCGGAUGGGCUGUGGCUUUGUCUUUUGCAGGAACUGCAGGGAGUGCUAUCACGAGGGUUUGUGUCAAACACUAAGUACCCCUCAAACAGGUGACGUUUCACAGGGUUUUUCGGUGAGUGAGGAGGCAUGUCUACGGGGGAGGUGGGAGCAAGCCUCUCUUCGCCUUAUCAGGGAGUCGACCAAACGCUGCCCCAAGUGUUCAGUUCCUGUGGAGCGCAAUGGUGGCUGCAUGCACAUGCGGUGUUCUCUGUGUAAAUCUGAAUGGUGCUGGAUCUGUGGAGUUCCAUGGAACAGAGAGUGUAUGGGUCAGCACUGGUUUGCAUAGAGAGUCACAGUGAAACAAGUACUGUUAUUCAGUAGAUGCAGUCUGCCAACAAAGUUCUUUAUCCUCCUGUCAGUAUAAGCCCUCUGUCAUCCAGACUGUUUUAGAUGUUAUGAUUCAAAAACUGGACUGAGUCCAUUCAAUAGUCUUCUUUAUUUCUGACAGAACAGAUGUACUGUGUCAACAUUUUCCAUUUGUUUAUCUAAAAGGCUGUGGCUCUAGUUUUGAUUCAGUCUUGAACAAAAUAAUUCUAUCAGCUCCCCGGUUUGGAAAAUGUGUUUAACAUAAAUGUUUGAAUAAAUGUAAAUAUUUAAAAAACAAAUAUAUAAAUAAAUUAUUUUGAAGAA